CACGAGUUUCUAUUGGCGGAUUUAGAUUAGUUUGAAAGAUUGAAAUUUUAAUUAAGUAAACUCAAAAUAGAAACUUGCAAUUAUCGUGCAAAAAGCAAUAUGGAUAAAGAAACUAUCGACUCAAACAAGUGUAUUGGUAACGAGGAUACAAAAAAUGUACACAUUGUUAGCCCUGUGCUACAUGUGUCUACAGACUCAAUUCAAAGCACUGGCCUAAAUCAAAACGUGGAUAGUGAAGUGAAUGACAUUGAAGAAAUACCUGAUACAUCACAGCGACCGGUUUUAGAUUCUAACUCACAUUCGAAUGAAAAUAUGGAGCUAGGAACUCAUACUUCGGACACAACUGUUGAUUUGGAGUCUGUAAGUGAUAAUGAAAACGAAGUAGAUGAAGGCCAUGUAACAGAAAAUGUUCCAGUUAUAUUGAGCAAAGCAAUUGAAAGACGGGAAUCUACAAAUGAUGAACGAAUUUCAAAUAACGUUGCAAGCAGUAAUAAUGUAAUUAUUGAGUCAGUUAUAGAACUUACGCCCGCCACAACCGAUAUAUGUGAUGCAACUCUGCACAUUGAGGCUAACAAAAAUAUACACCCUGACAUAGUUGAAAUUAUGGGCAUUACAGAUAAAGAAGAUAAUGACGUUCAGUUGAUUGAAGAGCAACCAACUAUCCCUUCUUGUGAAGAUAAUGACCUUCAGUUGAUUGAAGAGCAACCAACUAUCCCUUCUUGUGCUGGAGUUUCAAAAACUGCAGCUCCCACUGGCCUGGGUUUGCUGUCGCAAUACGAAUCCGAUGCUGACGAAGAUGAUUCGAACGAAUCCGAUACGGCGUCAGUAAUUGAAGUACCGACUGCUGUGAAUAAGAACUAUCGCUCAACAGUCGUGGAAAUUGACUCUGACUCCACUGAAACCGUUUCGUCAGAUUCUGAAUCGGAAACGGAAGCCGAAUAUUUAACAAAAAUUGCCAAAGUAAUUGAGAAACGGAUUCAAAGUAAUGAUGAUGAUAACGAGGACGAAGAUGAUGACGAUGAAGAAGGUGACUCCAAAAAGCGAGGACGGCGACAACCUCCUCGCGUUCGAGGAGAAAUGUUACUUGAUGAAUUGCCGCCUAUACAAGAUCUUCAAAUUUCAGUGCCAGCAGAGGAAUGUAUAGAGCUUGGGCGUGUACAUUCAAUUGUAGAUCAAUUACUAUUGGUGAGCGCCUUACCAAAUUCGAUUUUGUUAGAUUUGGACACAGUACUUUUUUUGGAAAAAGGAAAACGUGUACUUGGUGAAGUAUUUGAUGUUUUGGGUCAAGUGGCAGAUCCACUGUAUUGUGUUCGUUUCAAUAACAACCAACAUAUUCAGGAGAAAGGCAUAAAUGUAGGUGAUGUAGUUUACGUGGCACCGAAAACCGAAUAUACUCAAUAUGUUAUCCUUUCGAGCCUUAUGAAAAUGCGUGGAUCUGACGCAUCCUGGGAAAAUGAUAUAGAACCACCACCACGAUAUUUGGAUUACUCGGAUGAUGAAGAAGAACGUGAAGCUCGCCACAAGCUGCGAAAACAUCGUCGACAGAGCGUUAAAGAGGAGGAAGAAGAUAAAGAGGAUGUAGAUGAUAAGGAUAAUGACCCCAUGAAACGAAGCCGAAUGAAUGGUGUUGCUGGCGAAAACACCACAGAUUCACAACGGAGGCAUCCUCGCGCUGCUGAAGGUAAUCAUAGAGAAAAUAGAAGACAAAAUCGAUUUGGGCAGCAUGGUGCAUACUCACCGCGAACGUAUCAACCGCAGCAUAACACCAAUAGUUGGCACUCACAUUACAAUCAACAAUAUCAGCAAAGACCACCUGUACAUAGUUAUCGUACACCAUACGCCGGUCCAUAUCAGCAACAACGUCCAUUAUAUCGAAACCCAGCGCCACAACCAAAUCAGUUCCAUCAGUAUGGACAUCCUCAAAUGCAAAUGCAAGCACCUCCGUCUCAUGCAUUACCACCACCGCAAAUGACACCGCCGCCUCCAAUACACGCAAUGUCACCUCCACUUCAGAUGCACCCAAUGUCCCAUCCUCCCACCGCAUACGUUCCAAAUCCCUUUGCUUUUCGCUCAUCAACGCUGUCCCAACAAUUCUCACAACCUCAAUCUACAACUUCAAUUCAAUCACCAGCAGAACCAGCUCCACCUGGUGCCGAAUAAGAGUAAAGCCACUGAUAGGUUAGCUAAUUUAUAGGCAAUAUAAUUAAUAUUUGUAUAUAUGUAUAUCUAGUAAUUAUUCAACAAUUUAUAAAACUGAAUUUUUUUAAAUAGUCAUUGUAUUUUAUUUUUUUAUUGUGGUAAAAAUAUUGAAAUAUUCUUAAGCUACUUUUGUGUAGGUACAUAAUUGAAGUGGGCGAAAUCUGGAUUAUUUGUUCAUUAUUUACUUUGAUUUAAAACAUAAAACAAUUUACUACGAACACUAUUAAAACAAAUAUUGAUUUAGUAAACAGAAAACUUCAAUAAACAACAAACAUUUAGCCAUUAUAAUAAGCGAUAAAAUGUGCAGUUAACACACACAUACACGUACCAUUAGGUAAUAUGUAAUCUAAUCUGUUAACAAUAACGUUAAAAUAAUAUUUGAAAAUUCUGUAUUUUUAUAUGAAUGCAUUAAGCUAUAAAAUUAAGUUUGCUUAAAUA